UCAUCGUAUCAAGAUCUCUCUCUCUCUCUCUAACAAAAACAUAAACUCACAUUUGUGGCACUGUUAGGGUUAAACAACUUCGACCAGUUUUUAGUAGUCAUGGCGGUUUUGCUUCCUCUGUUUCUUCUCUCUAUCAUGUUUACCUAUUCAAAUGCGGCGGUUUGUGUAUGCAAGGACGCGAGCGAGCCGGAACUUCAGAAGGUGAUAGACUUCGCGUGCGGAGGAGGUGCUGACUGUACUCAGAUUCAGACGACCGGAGCUUGUUAUCAACCAAACACCAUCAAGAACCAUUGUGACGUCGCCGUUAACAGCUACUACCAGAAGAAAGCUCCAACCGGCGCCACCUGUGACUUUAACGGCGCCGCAGUCAUCUCCACUUCCCCUCCUUCGACUACUUCAAGCUGUUUACCUAGUUCCAGCUCUAACGGAACCCCCACAACCGGAAAUAUAUCCACCGGUAAUUCAACCGCCGGAACUCCAGGCAUUACAAAUCCAACCACAGGCAAUUCCACCGGCAAUUCAACAACCAGCACAUCUACCGAUGAUAGGCCGACUUCGUCUUCGUUAGCAUUUCCUGGAAAUACUAUGGGACCGGCAAGCAGUACCAGCGGUUUAGGUGGCGGUGAUCCAAACGGUGGAGAAGAGCACUCCAUCCGAUGAUCCGAACCACGACGA